CCAGGCUGACCACAGCAGAUAGCUAGCAACCUGCAGAUUGUUUCCGGACAAGUUGAUAGCAAAUAUCUAUAUUCCUUACCAACCUUUGGAUAUACUUAAAAAAAAACUUGGUGUUCGAUCAAGGAAAUAAGAUCAGAUUGCAUGACUUAAUUGCUGUAUAAAUGAAUGGGCUAAGGAUGGCCAUAUUACCGGAGUGGGGCACUAUAAAAUAGCUGGCUAAAUCUACAACUUAUUGUUUUUAUUAAAAAGUGCCAUACGUGAUGUACCACCAGUUUUGAAAAAUUGGUUAUUGGUCCAAGUCUGCGCAGGUAUUUGAUGGUGGCUUUUUCCCAGAAGGCACAUCGUGGUGUUCAACUGCGAGAUGGCAGGAAAAGAGGAUGGUGUCUCGUUGGCCGGCUCGGUGUCCGGCGACAAGUCCGACACCCUUGGCUCUACUGCCUCGGGCAAGAAGAGGGGUGGAGGACAGAAGAAGCAGAUGCAAGCCAACAAAUCUGCACUCCGAGCCCCUCGAGCCCUCUGCUGCCUCACCCUUAGUAACCCCAUCCGUAUGGCCGCCUUGGCCCUCGUUGAAUGGAAACCUUUUGAUAUUUUCAUUCUACUUGCUAUCUUUGCCAACUGUGUGGCUCUGGGUGUAUCUAAACCUUUCCCAGAAGAAGACUCCAAUUCCACCAACCACAACCUGGAACAAGUAGAGUACAUUUUCCUGGUCAUCUUCACCAUUGAGACCUUCACUAAGAUCCUGGCCUAUGGCUUGGUCAUGCACCCCAGCGCCUACAUCCGCAGUGGCUGGAAUUUGCUUGAUUUUGUCAUCGUUAUUGUUGGUUUGUUCAGCGUGGUUGCUGAGGGGACGUCUGAACACAAGCCUGGAGAGGCCCAUCAUGCAGCAGGCAAACCUGGAGGACUGGAUGUUAAAGCUCUGCGAGCCUUUAGGGUGCUGCGACCCCUUCGGCUGGUGUCUGGUGUGCCCAGUCUACAGAUUGUGUUGAACUCCAUCAUGAAGGCCAUGGUUCCCCUGCUCCACAUUGGUCUGUUGGUCAUGUUCGUCAUUAUCAUCUAUGCAAUUAUUGGCCUGGAGCUGUUCCUUGGCAGGAUGCACAAGACCUGUUUCUACAUGGGAACCGAUCUGAAUGUGGAUGAUGACCCAACGCCAUGUGCGUUUGCUGGGAACGGGCGUGAGUGUGUGGGGAAUGGGACGGAGUGCAGAGGACCCUGGGAGGGGCCUAACGGUGGGAUCACCAACUUCGACAACAUCUUCUUUGCCAUGUUGACCGUGUUCCAGUGUAUCACCAUGGAGGGUUGGACCGAUGUGCUCUACUGGAUGAAUGAUGCCAUUGGCUUUGAGAUGCCCUGGGUGUACUUUGUCUCUCUGGUCAUCUUUGGCUCGUUCUUCGUACUCAAUCUUGUAUUGGGAGUGUUGAGCGGAGAGUUCUCCAAAGAAAGAGAGAAGGCUGUUGCUCGUGGAGAGCUGCAGGAUGCCCAGAAUAAAAAACAGAUGGAGGAGGAUAUGUGUGGCUACAUGGACUGGCUUAUUGAGGCAGAGGACGUGGACGAAGAAGGAAACAAGCGUGCUGCUGUUGCCAAGAAGAAGUUAAUGAAGAAGUAUGGCUGGUAUAAACACAGCGAGGACGGAGAAUCGGAUUCAGACUCUGAAUUUGAAGCAUAUCUUGAUGAUGACAAUGGCUGCUGCGCAUCUCUUAUGGCUAAGAUGAUGGCCAACAGUUUCUGUGACCAGUUAUGCCAGCUGAACCAUGCCUUUCGGAAGAACUGUCGCGUCGCCGUCAAAUCCCAGAACUUCUACUGGCUGGUGCUUCUCCUGGUGUUUCUCAACACUGCUGCCAGUGCCUCAGAACACUACGGCCAGCCCAAGUGGCUCACUGAGAUGCAGGAGCGAGCCAAUAAGAUUCUUUUGAUGUUAUUCACACUGGAGAUGCUGUUGAAGAUGUAUAGUUUUGGCUUCCAGAUUCACUUCAUGGCUCUGUUUAACCGCUUUGACUGCUUUGUGGUGUGUGGUGGUAUCCUGGAGACCGUACUGGUUGAGUUGGAUGUCAUCCCUCCCAUUGGCAUCUCUGUGCUGCGCUGUGUCCGUCUCCUCAGGGUAUUCAAGGUCACACGGCACUGGGCAGCCCUGUCAAACCUGGUCAAUUCGCUGCUAAACUCCAUGAAGGCUAUCUGCUCCUUGUUGCUCCUUCUCUUCCUCUUCCUCAUCAUCUUUUCCCUGCUGGGCAUGCAGCUGUUUGGGGGAAAAUUCAACUUUGACGAGACUCAGAUGAAGAGGAGCACAUUCGACACUUUCCCUCAGGCCUUGCUCACCUGCUUCCAGAUUCUCACAGGAGAAGACUGGAAUGCUGUGAUGUAUGAUGGGAUCAUGGCAUAUGGAGGGCCGAUCUUUCCACAGAUGAUCGUGUGCGUCUACUUUGUUGCCCUUUUCGUCGUUGGAAACUAUAUCCUGCUCAAUGUCUUCUUGGCUAUUGCUGUGGACAACUUGGCGGGAGAUGGUGGAAAAAAGAAAAUAGAAGAGAAAAAAGAGGAGGAAGAGGACUGGGAUGAAGAUGAAGACAAAGAGGAUGAAGAUGCAGGCAAUGAGUUGGAUGACUGGGAGGAGAAUGAAGAGCUGAGAGCCAUCGAGGGCCUGGAGGGAAUUAUGCCUGCCAAGCCAGAGUUUUCCGCUCCAAAGGAGAAGAUUGAACCCAUCCCAGAUGGGAGCUCUUUCUUCAUUCUUGGAAAGAGAAAUUGCCUUCGAGUGGCAUGCCACAACCUCAUUCACCACCCGUACUUCACCAACCUCAUCCUUGUCUUCAUCAUACUCAGUAGCAUUUCCCUGGCUGCUGAAGAUCCAAUCCGAGCUCACUCCUUCAGGAACAAUAUGCUUGGAUACGCUGAUUAUGCAUUCACCUCCAUAUUCACUGUGGAAAUCAUACUGAAGGUGACGGUAUUCGGUGCAUUCCUUCAUCCUGGCUCCUUCUGUCGGAACGCCUUUAAUCUCCUGGACCUGCUGGUCGUCAGUGUAUCUCUGGCAUCCUUCUUCCUCCAUUCGAGUGCAAUCUCUGUGGUCAAGAUCUUCAGGGUACUGAAAGUGCUCAGGCCACUACGAGCCAUCAACAGAGCCAAAGGACUCAAGAAUGUUGUGCAGUGCGUGUUUGUGGCAAUCAAAACCAUCGGAAACAUCUUGAUCGUCACAACUCUCCUGCAGUUCAUGUUUGCUUGUAUUGGCGUGCAGCUUUUCAAGGGCAGAUUCUACAGAUGCACCGACGAAGCCAAACACACUCCUUACGAGUGCAUGGGGACGUUUGUGGUGUACAAGGACGGCGAUAUGAAUCACCCCAUGGUGAGAGAGAGGAAAUGGGAAAACAGUGAAUUCAACUUUGACAAUGUGCUGCAGGGCAUGUUGGCCCUGUUCACUGUGUCUACGUUCGAAGGCUGGCCACAGCUUCUGUACAAGGCCAUUGACGCCAAUGCAGCGAACCACGGCCCCAUCUACAACUACCGCGUGGAGAUCUCCAUAUUCUUCAUCAUCUACAUCAUCAUCAUCGCCUUCUUCAUGAUGAACAUCUUCGUGGGUUUCGUCAUUAUCACUUUCCGUGAGCAGGGAGAAUCCGAGUUCAAGAACUGCGAACUGAACAAAAAUCAAAGACAGUGUGUACAGUAUGCUCUGAAAGCCAAACCCAUUAAGAUCUACAUUCCCAGAAACCCAUCCCAGCUAAAGUUCUGGAAGAUCAUCGCGUCAAGCCAGUUCGAGUACAUCAUGUUUGUCCUCAUUCUUCUCAAUACCCUCACCUUGGCUGUGCAGCAUUAUCAGCAGUCUAAACUGUUCAACUCAAUCAUGGACAUCCUCAACUUGAUCUUCACUGCCCUCUUUACUGUGGAGAUGGUCAUCAAGCUACUGGCUCUCAGAACACAUCAAUAUUUCAUUGAUGCUUGGAACACUUUUGAUGCUCUGAUCGUAGUGGGCAGCGUGCUGGACAUCAUGGUGUCAGAGCUCAGUGGAGGAGACGAGGAUGCAGAAGUUGUCGAAGCUGCUGUCAAAACUGUAGCAGUGGCGGGGGCUCCAGCCGGGGCCAAGAAGGAAAGUGGAAAGGUGUCCAUCACGUUCUUCCGUUUGUUCAGAGUCUUGCGAUUGGUCAAGCUACUCAGUAAAGGCGAGGGCAUUCGAACCCUCCUCUGGACUUUUGUCAAGUCACUCCAGGCCUUGCCAUAUGUCGGCCUCCUCAUUGCCAUGAUUUUCUUCAUCUAUGCAGUGAUUGGUAUGCAGACAUUUGGAAAGAUUGCAAUAGAUGACAACUCACAUAUUAACCGGAACAACAACUUCCAGACCUUCUUCAUGUCCGUGCUGCUCCUCUUUAGGUGUGCUACUGGAGAGCAGUGGCAGGAGAUCAUGCUGGCAGCAUUGCCAGGGAGACGCUGUGACCCUGAGUCAGACUUUGAGCCCGGGGAGGAGAACAUGUGUGGAAGUAACCUGGCCUACAUCUACUUCAUCAGCUUCUUCAUGCUCUGUGCUUUCCUGAUCAUUAACUUGUUCAUUGCUGUCAUCAUGGACAACUUUGAGUACCUGACCAGAGACUGGACUGUGCUGGGUACUCAUCACCUGGACGAGUUCAAGAGAGUUUGGUCUGAUUAUGACCCCGAGGCCACAGGUCGAAUCAAACACAUCGAUGUGGUCACGAUGCUGCGCAGGAUCCAGCCCCCCCUUGGUUUUGGAAAACUCUGCCCCCAUCGUGUGGCCUGCAAGAGACUGGUUGCUAUGAACGUGCCGCUGCACAGCGAUGGGACAGUGACAUUCAACGCCACCCUGUUUGCACUGGUCAGAACCUCACUCAAGAUCAAGACUGAUGGGCCCGUUGACCAGGACAACGAGGAGCUCAGGGCCAUCAUUAAGAAGAUAUGGAAACGCACUAAACCCAAGCUGCUUGAAGAGGUCAUUCCUCCCCCCAGAGGGGAAGAGGUUACUUGUGGAAAGUUCUAUGCCAGCUUCCUGAUCCAAGACUACUUUAAAAAGUUCCGCAAAAGGAAAGAGCGGGAGAGGAAGAAGAAGGGUAAAGACAAGAAAGACUCUCUCCAGGCUGGGCUCCGGUCUCUACAGGCUCUGGCCCCUGAGCUGCAUCUGGCCUUGGCAAUGGAAGGAGAGGAUGAGGAGGGGCUUGAAGGUAUAGAGGGAGAACCGGAUGAACAUUUCUUCAAGAAUGACAACGUUUUUGAAGAUCCUGGCGUCUCUUCCCCAAAUACUCGGUCCAACACUCCCAUGCCGUCGGACACGGAGGAGGGCAUCACCUCCUUUAUGGAGCCCUUUGUCGAGCCCAAAAUAUUCCAAGAGGUGGUGACUGAACAGCCACUGACAGCAACCCAGAGUCCAGAAUCAGUUCAUACAUCCUUUGAGGUGGUGACUGAACAGCCCUUGAAAUCUGAGAUCCUCCCUCCACCAGAGGAAAUACCAGCUCCACCACUGCCUCCACCCGCACCGGCCGCAUCCCCACCAGCGGAAGCACCACCCGAACCUAAAGUUGUGUCCCCGCCACACAUGGCUGUCCAGUCGACACCUCAGAUAGUGUUAGCCCCACCAGAACCGGAGGCAACUCAAGUGAUCUUAGAGACAGUCCCCCCACCUCCGCCACCAGAGCCUGUGACAGAGGUCGGGGGGGCGGGCGAGACGUACGCUGCACAGCAGGUGUAUUACCCAGAGUACCCGGUGGGCGUUCCAGCCAAUGACAGGUAUGUGUGCCAGGAUCAGCCUGUGGCCUUUCCUGUCACACCAGAGUACGUGCAGAGCCCCGCUCCCAAUGGGAGCGCAGCAGGUCCGCCCUACGCCAAUGGCAACGCCAUUAAUGGGAACGGCUACAACGCCUCCAUGAAUGGAGGCAGCAUCAACGGGAGUAGCAUGAGUGGCUACACCAGCAACGGCUACAACGGAAAUGACCACAGUGGCAAUGGCCACAGCAAUGGGUUCCAGCAGUACAUGCGGAGACGUAUCCUGCCCCCCACCCCUGCAGGUCGAAAGCCGCCCUCCUUUAAUAUCCAGUGUCUGAAGGCACAGCACAGCGCAGAUGACAUCCCUAUCCCUGGUACAUAUCAGGGAAACUCUCCCCCAUGCAGAUCCAGACUGACCCUGGACUCCCGCCGUAGCAGUGUCUCGUCCAUGUCCUCAGCGUCCUGGGCCAACAACGGAGGCCCUGCGGGGUUGAUGCCCGGAGCGGAUACGACAGCAGCAUCCUCAACUGCGGCCAAGAGAGGGCGUCUGCUCUACGCCCCCAUAAUGCUUGUCGAUGAGACAGGGGGCACCCAACAGAUGUGGGGAGACCGGGCUCACGCCUCCUCCAGCCUCCCUGCGGUUACCACUAAGCCCAGCGGCUGGUACCCCGGAGCACCGACGCUCCCUGGGCCCACGCACCCGAACAGGAGCUACACCAACGGCAGGGUGCCCUCCCAGAUCAGCCAAAGCCUCAUAGAGAAGGGGAGUGCAGACAGCCUGGUGGAGUCGAUCCUGAUAUCAGAAGGCUUGGGCCUUUAUGCAAGAGACCCAAAGUUUGUGAACUUUGCCAAGCGGGAGAUUGCUGAUGCAUGUAACAUGACCAUCGAUGAGAUGGAAAACGCAGCCACAGACCUUCUGACCCGUUCAGCAGGCCACCCAAUAGGACGCUUCGAGGAGGAGCUGGCUGAUGAGAUGAACUGUGUGAUAUCCUACUGAGACUAAAGGAAGGAAACCGAAAGGAGGAGAGGGGAGCGAGGGACUAAAAUAGGGGGUUAGAAUGGGCUGGAUACUUAUUGCGGUUAGCAUGCCGUCUUUCUCUUCAGGGUAAUCAUAUUUUCCAGAUGUUCUCAGGUAAUUUGGCUUUGUUGAAAGCAUCAGCGUGUCUUGAACCAUACAGAAUACUCAAUACAGAGAUCAUUGAUAUUUCCCCAAAAUACUUUUUAAAUGAAUUCCAGUGUGAAAUGUAAUUGUGCAUUGUACUAUAGCCUGCUGAUCAUAAUUAUUAUUAUUAUUCUACUAUAAAGUGUUAUCUUUAUUUUCAAAAGCAUUUUUUUUUUUGCAAUGUUUUCUAUUUUGUACUAUACAUGAUGUACCACCCAAAUCAUGCAAUAAAACUGUUAGAACCAUAGUAAAAUAGAUACAUAUUAAAAAGCAGGCAUGAAUCAAAUGUGUUUUUUAUGAACACCUGCCAAUAGUGUGAGUGUGCUCCAGUUGUAAUUAUAGAUCAUGGGUUUAUAUGUGUCACGUCAGACCAGUGAAACCUUAUCAUAACAUUAAAAGUAGCCCACUGAAACAUUAGCAUAACAUUAACAGUAGCCCACUGAAACAUUUCCAAAACAUUAACAGUAGCCCACUGAAACAUUACCAUAACAUUAGUGGUAGACUUUUAAACCACGUUAUGCAGUAUUAGAUCAACAGAAAUUCCACUGAAGAGUCUCAUGACAGUCGUCUUCAUCUUCCUAAGUGAUAUACUUGAAAUAGUAUUUGUAUAUUAUGGUCAAGAGGAACACAACUUGUACACAACACUUAACUUGAUAACAUUUGUUAGAAAACAUUUGUUAGGUUUGUUAUAUUGUGCCCGCUAACACUUUGACCUGCCUGGUAUUUCUGUGUUUACAGUAAUAAAGUAUAAUGUA